ACGUCGACCGUUGACGACAGUCUGGUUAAUGAUUUUACAUUGGCUCAAAAGAAAUUACAUAAUUCGUAGAUAAAUAUAAUUUCAUUGUUGGCGAAUUACUUAACUUUUCGAUUUCGACUCAUCAAAAGUAACCAAACACGAAUUCGUCUCGAUCGGUACGUUCCGUCCAACAUUAAGAGCGCAAAGGUUGUCCACAUCAACCAACAGUAGUUAACGCUGAAAAUUCCGAACACUCGUCCGUCAAAAUGGUCAACAAAGACGUUAAACACAACAUGAACGUGUCAUUUUCCGGUUGCGGUUUCUUGGGCAUCUAUCACAUUGGAGUGGCCUCUUGCUUGAAAACGUACGCGCCUUACCUGCUGGAGAACAAACUCUGCGGGUCUUCGGCAGGUGCCCUUGCGGCCUGCUGCUUGCUUUGCGAUCUACCUCUCGAGUUAAUGACAAGCCAUGCCCUGGAAAUUGUUAAAGAAGCAAAAUCUAAAGCCCUAGGUCCAUUCAGUCCAUCUAUGAAUAUGUCAGAACAUCUUUACAGUCGUUUAAAAGAAGAUUUACCGGAUGAUGUUCACGAAAGAAUCAGUGGCAGACUAUUUGUAUCAUUAACCAGAGUACCAGAUGGUAAAAAUUUUAUCAAGUCAGAAUAUUCUAGUAAGGAAGAAGUCUUACAAACAUUGCUAGCUAGUGCAUUUAUUCCGGUUUUUUCUGGAUUUGUACCACCAAUAGUAGAUGGGUAUAGAUGUAUUGAUGGUGGAUUUACUGACAAUUUACCAGUUUUAGAUGAUGACACUAUAACUGUAUCACCCUUCAGCGGUCUUUCUGAUAUUUGCCCCCGAGACAAUAAUGUCCAGAAAUACUUGGUUAACAUAGCAAAUACGAGUUUUGAGCUGACUAAAUCUAAUUGUUUUCGAUUAGCCAGGAUUAUGUUUCCUCCAGAACCAGAAAUGCUUUCACAAUUGUGUAAUCAAGGUUUUGAUGAUGCACUUAAGUUUUUGCAAACAAAUAACCUUAUAAAUUGUGAAGUAUGCUUAGUUCGACGCUGUUCCUUCAACUUCUCUAAAAACAAUAGUGAUGAAUCAUCUGUCUAUGAUUCAUCAUGCAAAGAUUGCAAAUGGAACAACGCUAGCGCCAAAGUACAAGGGAUGCCUUAUUCUAUUACAUAUACUUUGGAUCGUUAUAUAGAAUCACACAGCAAUAUCUUUAAUUGGGUUUUAAAAUCUAAAGGAAUAAGAUUAAUUUCAAUGUUCACACUUCCUUAUAUAGUAGUUACUGAUAUAGCCUAUGCAUUUGUUAAAAAGGUUAUAAGUUCUUCGCAAAAUAUACAAAGCUGCAUGUGGGCUCUAUCCAAGUGUGUCAUAAAUAGCUUGCUGCAUUUGGUUGACGUAUUUAGUGAAAAAGGUUUAGAGUUUGUCAGCAAAGUAUUGUCUUACAGUUAUUUAUCAAUUGAAAAACAUGCAAAAGAUUCACCAUACUACUACUACUACAACGAAAAGCUAGAAGAUUUGAAAUGCAUCAGGUGUUCAAAGAAAACUUUAGAAUAUUUCAAUGAUUUCCAUCAGGCUACUUCAGCCAUAGUCAUAGAUGCAACUGGCUAUACAUCUUCUGAAUUUGAUUUACAUAAUCAUCAAGUCAAAUCAGUUAGAUCCAGUACACACUCUACAGUACACUGGUCUCUUUCAUUGUCUCCAGAAUUUGUUUUGACUACUUCAAAUGAAAGUAUAACUGAUGAAACAGUAACAACUUCUAAUAUUGGAUCAACUGAAGAACUUAAUCAACUCAAAUAUAAUAUAGAACAUGGUGAUGCAUUGGAAAAAUUUAUUGCUAAUGUAACCAACGAAGAUCAAUUAUUAGUAUACCAUUAUGAAGAAGAUGCAAACAAUAUCAACAAAAUAGAUAAUUUAGAUGGAUCAUAUCUGUUACACGAUGAUAAAGGCAAGAGCGAAAUUGUUAAAAUUGACAGUUUAAUAAUUUCUGCUCACACUAUUCAUACUUCUGAUAAGUUAAUGGAUGUAAGCUACAUACCGUAUUACUGAGAUGGAAUAAUACUGAAAGAGCGUAGUAGUUAUUUUUGAUGUUUUGUGUACAACAGAUGAACACCCAAUGUGUAUUUACUGUAUUAGUUUUUUUUUUUUUUUUACUGUAUUAAGUUCUUUAUUAAUUUUCUUUAUAUUCAGUUAUCUUUCAAGUAUAAUCUAUUUUGACUGAUAAUUAGAGCAUAUUACUAUUUUAGCUUUAUAAUUUCAAUUUUUGUGUUCUUUUAUUGUUUUUGAGUGAAUUAAACAGUGUGAGUCGUGACGAAUUGUAUUUAUUAUUCUAACAAAACAUAUUAGUAUUCAAAUAUUGUUAAUAGCAUUUUAUUAUUAUUUUGUAACUCGUUUUGUUUAAAUUAUAAUUUAUAAUACUAUUAAUAGAAGUCUUACUAAUAGAACUCCUACAAAUAGAAGUAUAAGUUAUUGUAUUUUAUAUUUUUGAUCUCCCAAGUAUAAUAAAAAGUAAAAAUUU